AUGGAAAUAAAGGAAAUGUUGAACUUGGCGCGGGUGCCCUCCAUCCUCAUGCUCGGGCUGGUUUAUGUGGCCUACGUGCUGAUCGGCGGAGUAGUUUUCUGGGAGUUGGAGGGAGACCUCGGACAGAAGGACAUCAGUCUUUUACUGUUGAACAAAAAGAAGCUGCUUACGACAUACACCUGUCUGAACCAAGAAGGCCUGGAGGCAGUAGCUCAGGUUGUUCAUGACGCGUCCAAGGUGGGCUUAAGUUUGAAAGGCAACUACACCACGGACGGCUUCUGGAAAUUCACCAGCUCAGCUGUGUUUGCUGCCACUGUGGUCACAACUAUAGGUUAUGGGAACAUGAGUCCCAGCUCUACCGCUGGCCAGAUCUUCUGCGUGUUCUUCGCACUGUUUGGGAUCCCGCUCAACAUGAUGGUGCUCAACAGGGUGGGCAAGUACAUGCUCGUUAUAGAGAGGAACAUCUCUGACUUCCUCGAGGGCAAGACCGGGCGCAGGAGGUGUACCCGCUUUUUUGUCCACCUGGUGUCUUAUCUGUCAGGAGCAGCUCUCUUCUUUGUUGUGCCCAUGAUUGUGUUCCAACAGCAUGAGGGCUGGACCUACUCCCAGGCCAUCUACUACUGCUUCAUCACCCUCAGCACCAUCGGCUUUGGAGACUUUGUGGCAGAUAGUAAUCCAGACAAACACUACCCAGAGUGGUACAGCGUCCUCAUGGCCUCCUGGAUCUUCUUUGGCCUGGCCUGGCUGGCCCUGCUCAUCAAUCACUCCACUGACAUCCUGGAGCGACUCAACACCCACUUCAAACAGAGGUGGGGUGGGCGGUUGCAGGAGAACAAGUCUGGCAGUGCAGAGGGUGACAACCCACACACACAGGUGGAGGAGGAAGAUGAGAUCAAGCAGCGUCCAGUGACACAGUAA